GUCAAAACUCAUAAAAAAUUAAAAAUGUAGGUUAGGUUAAAUCUAUUUUUGUUCUAAUAUUACUAUUUUAUUAAUUAUGCAGAUAAAAAGGUAGUACUUAAGUAAAUAUGUCUCAAAUUAUGCUGAUAAUUGCUUCGGCAUAUCUAGUCUAUUGUCCAUUUACGAAAGUAGAAGAAAGCUUUAACUUACAGGCCAUUCAUGAUAUCCUAUAUCAUGGAUUUAACCUUACCCAGUACGAUCAUCUCGAGUUUCCUGGAGUAGUGCCACGAACUUUUAUUGGACCUCUCUUCAUAUCAGCUCUUGCAUCACCUAUAGUAGCAGUACUUCAACUCUUAGAUGUAAACAAAUUUUGGGUCCAGUACCUAGUAAGGACCAUUCUUGCUACUUGUGUGGUAUACAGCUUUAAUAUAUUAAGUAAAACUUUAGAAAAACAAUUUGGAGUAAGAUGGCUGCAGUGGUUUAUAGCUAUAACUGUGACUCAAAGCCACUUCAUGUUUUAUCUAAGCCGUCCAUUGCCAAAUAUUUUUGCUCUGCCUCUAGUUUUACUGGCACUAGAUGGCUGGCUCAACAACAACAACAAGACUUUUAUCCUGUGCUCUGCAGCAGCUAUCAUUAUUUUUAGAGCAGAACUAGCACUUUUCUUGGGUAUUCUUCUGCUCUAUGAUCUAUAUAAUAAGAGGAUAACAAUAAAACGACUGUUACAAAUAGCUGUUCCAGGAGGAUUAGCCUUUUUAAUAUUAACUGUUGUGAUAGACUCGAUUUUUUGGAAUAGACCUUUAUGGCCAGAAGGAGAGGUCUUAUGGUAUAAUACAGUACUGAAUAAAAGCUCGAACUGGGGCACCUCUCCAUUUUUAUGGUAUUUCUAUUCAGCGAUACCGAGAGGUAUGGCAACAUCAGUAUUUUUGUUACCUGUAGGUAUUAUUUUAGAUCAGAGAGUAGCAAAAAUGGUGAUUCCAGCACUGGUAUUUGUAGUGCUUUAUUCAUUUUUACCGCAUAAGGAGUUACGUUUUAUAAUCUAUGUCUUUCCUGUCUUGAAUGUAGCUGCAGCAACUGCUUGCCACAGAAUAUGGGAAAAUCGAAAUAAAUCACCCAUUUACCAUUUACUCUCUAUGGGAGUGGUCGGGCAUUUAGCAGUCAAUCUCGCCUUCACCCUAUUUUUAUUAAGCGUCUCUAAUACGAAUUAUCCUGGAGGUGUAGCUAUAUCUCGACUUCAUCGACUUGCCAGAGAUGAACCCAACGUGAGAGUACACAUAUCAAACUUAGCUGCUCAAAGUGGCGUAUCACGCUUUACCCAAAUCAACCCCAAUUGGACGUACAGCAAAAAGGAAGGCCUUAAACCAGGUGAUUACGAACUAUAUCGGUACACACAUCUCAUAGUGGAAGGUAAAAGUAAAUUCUCACAAAGUCUCAAACCUUAUUCAGCGACUCACGACGUCAUAGAUACGGUAGAAGCCUUUCAUAAGAUAUCUUUUAACUACCUCACCAUUCCACCGAUUAAAAUAAACACCAAACCGGUUCUGUUUCUUCUAAGAAGAAGACGGAACUAUAAGGAUAUUUUGAGGGUAGAUGAUAAUAGUUUGGAUCAAGAUGAUCGCGAUGAUACAGAACUUAGUGACGGUUUAGAUGAAGGGGAUGAAGAGAACAAUCAAUCGGACAAUGUAUCUGAGGAAACUCAAGUACCAGAAGAUAUAGAAAGUGAACACGAUAACCAAAAUGAUGAUGAUAAUGGAAGUAAAGAACUGACCAAAUCUGAAGAAAACAAAGAAGAAAGUGCAAAUAACUUGGAGGCUGAUAAAAUAGAAAGUGAUGAAGAAGUGAACAGUUUGGUACAAACUGCAACAGAAAAAGCAAAUCAAAGUGAAGAUGGAAUUCUUAAAUAUCAAGAGAAUAUUCAAAAUGUCGCUAACAUUGAUGAUAAUUUAGCUGUUAAGAAUAUAAAUAAGGAGACUAAUUUUGAAAGACUAAAGAAAAAAGACUCAAAAACCGUAGCAAACGAGAAAAUUUAUAAGCAAAAAGAUACAAAAGAGAAUCAAGAAGUAUAUCAAACAGAAGAUGAUCAAGUUGACGAUAAAAACUUGUAUACUAAAAUAGACAAGGAUGCAGCACCUAAACUGAAAUAUUCUCGUAGUAAAAAGACCAAGAGUGACAAUGAUGUGACUGAUGAAAUUCAAACCAAAAAGUACAAAUUUAAAAAUAUAGAUCAUGACACUAUUGAUACAAAAUUCGAGAAACCUCCAAAACCAAAUAUGGAUAAUGUUGAUAUACAUCUAGAUGUUUCUAAUAAAAGAAGCAAACAUUACGUGACGAGUAAAAACAUUGGCGUGGAUGAAGAUCAAGUAGAUAAAUCGGACAAAUUGGUCAAACUUGAUAAAAAACCUUUAUUACCUAAAGAUAAUAACAUGAAUAACAUUCAAGAUCUAUCUAAUAAAAGAAGCAAACAUAUCACGAGUAAAAAUAUUGAUCUGGAUGGGAAUAAACUUGAUACAACAGAAAAAUUAAUCAAACAUAAUCAAAAAACCGUCCUGAUUAAAGAUGAUGACGAGCACGAUUUCCAAGAAGCUUCUAAUAAAAAAAUUAAACAUUAUUUGAAUAGAAAACGUAUUCCAGAACAUUUGGAAGCCGUAGAAAAUGCAGAAAGCACCGAGAAACCUGAGAUUUCCGUUGAAAAAACUGUUAAACCAGAAACUGAUGACAAAUAUAGUCAAAAACCGUUAGCUGUUUCCCAAAAACGUGUUCAUUUAAAGGAUAGAAGUCACAUGAAGAAAUCUUUUGACGAAGAAUAUAAUAGAGAAAAUAAACAACACGUCAAACAGAAUAUACGCAAAUUGAUACAGAAAUUUAGAAGGAAAAAGAUGUUUGAUGAUGAAAAAGAUGAGGCAGUGGUAGUAGUAGACCAUCCUAAAGAAAAUAUAAAGAAAUUAAUCGAGGAAAAUAAAAUUCUGGAAGAACGUGAAGAAAUAAGCAAGAUCAAACGACAAAUCAUUGAAUUAAUUGAAAGUAAUCCCAAAAUUAUAAACAAAGAAUUAAUAAAAUCGAAAUUAGAGGAAACUCUUGAAAAGGAGUUAGUCGGUGUGUUAGAUCAAAGAAUAAUUGAAAAAGGGGAUGCGAAGAAAUCUAAAGGAAGUAGAGAAAUAAAAGAGAAAAAGGAAGUUGAUGAGGUUGUGAUUAAACCUACAAGUGAUUCCACUAAAGUGAUGGAAGAACCUCUUAAAGUGAAGCUCACAGAUGAAAUUCCGUUACAGGACAGCACUGCCGAUUUAGACAAGAGUGAGGAAGAGUACCAAACAGGUGAACAGGGUUUAGAUACCGAAUUAAAGGCAGAUAGUGAAAACGAAGGAAAUAACUACGAGGAUGAAAAGGUGGCAUUUUAUAGAAAGUUUAAGAAGGCAAAUGAAAGAUUAGAAGAUAUUAUGAUGAUUAUCGAUGAAAUUGUUGAUACGAUUGAAAUCACUGAUGAUGAUUUUGAAGAAAGUUUACGAUAAUAUUUUGUGUGCAAUAUUUGUUGAUUUUUUGAAUAAAAUGUGUUUUCAAUAA